GAAGACCAGGCUGUUGUGACUGUGGUCAGCUGACUGAGCUGAAGAGAACACUCUUCUACUGCGGUAAAAGUCCUGCUCGGCUCCGACAUGGCGUUCAUCACCGCCAGCUGGAACCCGCUGGGAGAAGCCUUUUACCGUAAAACAGAAUUAUACGACAUGUGUUGGAGUCUGAAGGAUGGGCUCAGAGACAGUCUGGUGGCAGCAGCGCCGUACGGAGGACCCAUAGCCCUCCUCAGAGAACCUCACAGACGUUCUCCCAGUUCUCGGCCUCAGUUGGAGAUCUACUCUGCAUCUGGACUGUCCAUCGCCAGCUUCCCGUGGAAGAGCGGCCCGGUGGUGCAGCUCGGUUGGACGGUGAGCGAUGAGCUGCUGUGUAUUCAGGAAGACGGGUCUGUUCUGAUCUACGACCUGUUCGGAUCCUUCAAGAGACACUUCAGCAUGGGCCAGGAAGUGGUCCAGAGUCAGGUGGUACAGGCCAAAGUCUUCCACUCCCCUUACGGCACAGGGGUCGCCAUAGUAACAGGCUCCUCCCGCUUCACCUUGGCGACCAACAUCGACGACCUGAAGCUGAGGAGACUUCCCGAAGUCCCAGGUCUACAGGGGGCGCCGUCCUGCUGGGCCGUCCUGACCCAGGACCGGCAGACCAAGGUCCUGCUGUCCAACGGACCGGACCUGUACGUGGUGGACAACACCUCCUGCACCGCUGUGGUUCCUCCAGGUCUCAGUCCUCAGGUCGGCAGUAUCGUCCACAUGUGUGUGUCCUUCAGUUAUAAAUACUUGGCUCUGUUCACCGACUCUGGACACCUGUGGACCGGCUCGUCCAACCUCCAGGAGAAAUUCAGCGAGGUGGACACCAAGGUGAGGACGCCUCCCAAACAGAUGGUCUGGUGUCGCAGACCUAAGAGUCAACAGCCGUCUGUUGUGUGUAUGUGGGACAGACUGCUCCUGGUGGCCGGAGUGUGUAAUGACACCAUCCAAUUUCCCGUGGAUGACCAGUGUGUGUGUGUGGGCGAGCUGGACGGCGUACGCAUCAUCAGCUCCACCCACCAGGAACUGCUCCAGGAAGUUCCUCUGGUGUGUCAGGACAUCUUUAAGAUCGCAUCCAUGGCACCUGGAGCACUGCUGCUGGAGGCACACCGAGAAUAUGAGAAGUCCAGUCAGAAGGCAGACGAGUACCUGCGGGAGAUUAAGGAGCAAAGCAUGCUGGGAGAAGCAGUCCGCCAGUGUGUGGAGGCAGCAGGACACGAGUAUGACACCAACACCCAGAAGGCCUUACUGAGGGCGGCAUCCUUUGGGAAGUGCUUCCUCACAGACUUCAGUCCAGACUCCUUCGUGUCCACCUGCAGAGAACUACGAGUCCUGAACGCUGUUCGAGAACCCAGUGUGGGUCUGCCGCUGACACACACCCAAUUCAAACAGAUGACCCUCCAAGUCCUGAUUGACAGGUUGGUGUAUCGACAGUUUUAUCCGUUAGCGAUAGAAAUCUGUCGUUUCCUGAAGAUUCCAGACUACCAGGGUGUCAGCAGAGUCCUCAAACACUGGGCGUCCUGUAAGGUGCAGCAGAAGGACCUAUCAGAUGAGGCCAUUGCCAGGGCCGUUUGUCUGAAGGUCGGGGACUCUCCUGGUGUUUCCUACUCACACAUCGCGGCCAAAGCUUACGAAUGUGGACGCACCGAGCUCGCCAUCAAGCUGUUGGACUUCGAGGCUCGCUCAGGUGAACAGGUUCCUCUGCUGCUGAAGAUGAAGAGGAGUCAGCUGGCCCUCAGUAAGGCCGUGGAGAGUGGAGACACAGACCUGGUGUACACCGUCGUCAGUUACCUGAAGAACGAGAUGAACAGAGGAGACUUCUUCAUGACCCUGAGGAACCAGCCGGUGGCCCUGAGCCUCUACAGACAGUUCUGUAAGCUGCAGGAACAGGACACACUGAAGGACCUGUUCAACCAGGAUGAUGACCAUCAAGAACUGGCCAAUUACUACGUCAGCGCCAGUUACAGAGAGAAGAGGUUGGAGACCCGUCUGUCUGUUCUUCAGAGUGCUGUUGAUGAAUACAACAAAGCAAAGAAUGACUUUGCUGCCAAGGUCACAGAGGAUGAGAUGAAACUCCUUCGCUUCCAGAGGAAACUGGAUGAUGAAAAAGGGGCGGGGCUACUUGGCCUGUCUCUGCAGGCCACCAUGGAGGCCCUCCUGGCUCUUGGACUACACAAACAGGCCGAACAGCUGUACCGAGACUUCAAAGUCCCCGACAAAAGGUACUGGUGGUUAAAACUGAAGUCUCUGGCAGAGAAGGAGGAGUGGGAGGAGCUAGAGAAGUUCUCCAAGAGUAAGAAGUCCCCUAUUGGCUACCUGGCCUUCGUGGAGGUCUGCAUGAAGAGUCACAACAAACAUGAAGCCACCAAGUAUGUUUCCAAGGUAACGCCGGAGCAGAAGGUCAAAGCGCACCUGGCUGUUGGUGACCUAGAAGGAGCGGCUGACGCAGCCAUCGAACGCAGGAACGAAUCAGAGAUGGCCGCUGUUCUGUCCAGAUGCUCCGCCUCUGACCGCCUGUUGAUGGACAGGUUGAACCGAGCCAAAGCCUCCACUGCCAAAAAGUGACCUGUACAACUGCCGAAAAGUGACCUGUUCUUCAGGAACAGGAUAUUGAAUCUCUUCGUUCUAGUCCCGCCUCCAUCCAACGGUUCUGACUGCAAACAUGUUCCAGUCAGCGGGGUUCCACCCACCUGCAGAUGCUCCACCCACCUGCAGAUGCUCCACCUACCUUUAGAUGCUCCACCUACCUUUAGACGCUCCACCCACCUGCAGAUGCUCCACCCACCUGCAGAUGUUCUGGUCUUCAGUGUAGAACCUCCUCCUGUUCAUAUUCUGUGCAUUGGUUCUACACUGUUGUUCUUCUGGUGUCCCUAAAUAAACUCAGUGUUUCUGUUUC